GGACGCGCCGUGUGACGGUCCCGGGCGGCGCUGAUGCCAGAUUCAAAGUUGCCUCUGACGGCUGCGUUUCGCUGAAGCUUCGCCAGGAGCCGUGAGGAGCGUUUGUAAGCGAGCUAGCGUCGCGUCCCCAUGUCACGGUGAAGUAUGGACGCCUGGAGCUUCGUCGUCGCCUCGGAUAACGAGCGGUCCAGCUCCGAGGGGGAGUACAUGGUGGAGCAGGGAGCCGGAGGUGAAGAAGCCCGGGAGGCGGCGGACGGGGAGCAGCGGGGCGACGCGGAGGGGAUGGACGACGUGGGCGCCGCCGCCGCUGCCGCCGUAGGGUUCGGGAUAAGCGGGAUCGGGGAGGGGAAGGUGGUGCUGGGUCGAGUCGGACAGAGAGACGACAAGGAGCUCAGGUACCUGCACUUGUUGUGGGAGCCCGGACGAGGGGAGCUCGGGGCGGCCGGUGUCGGGGGGAAGCUGGGGAAGAUGACGGGGAGCCGGGCCAGGCGACACCAGAGAGCCGUGAGGAGCCUGGGUCCCAUCGGGAAAGACAUCUAUGCUGUGAAGAGGCUGAGGGAAGCAGCGAACAGCAAUGACAUCGACACAGUGCGAAAACUCCUGCAAGACGACAUCGACCCGUGUGCAGCCGAUGACAAGGGAAGGACAGCUCUUCAUUUCUCUUCUUGCAAUGGAAACGAGAGCAUUGUGCAGUUGCUGCUGAGCCAUGGUGCCGACCCCAACCAGAGAGACAGUCUGGGAAAUACCCCCCUCCAUCUGGCGGCCUGUACCAACCAUGUGCCUGUAAUCACCACAUUGCUGAGAGGAGGCGCCCGUGUGGAUGCCCUCGACCGAGCAGGCAGGACGCCGCUGCAUCUCGCACGCUCCAAGCUCAACAUUCUGCAGGAAGGAGAUUCGCGCAGCUUAGAAACCCUGAGAGGAGAAGUCACGCAGAUUAUUCAGAUGCUGAGGGAAUACCUGAACCUAAUGGGCCAGAGUGAAGCUAAAGAGAGGCUGGAGCACAUCUCCACUCAGCUGCAGCACACACGCACCAAAGAGCAGGUGGAUGAAGUGACUGAUUUAUUGGCCAGUUUCACAUCACUCAGUCUACAGAAACAGAAUCUGGGUGACAGGUAGAAGACAAGGUGUGCAGAGAGCUGCUCUGUUUUAAAGUUCUUCAGGAGCCUUGGCCGGACCAGCCGCCUGAACCGUGGUGCCGGGGUUUGUCUGUCCCAAACUCAGUGUUUACUCAAGACUGCUCUAUGGGACAUUGAGAGACUUUUUCAUUUUAACCAAGAUAAGAUUUAGUUAGCAUUUAACCGCUACGGUACUGUGCUACUUCUCAGCAUAUAUCCUUCAGUGUUCAUUUAGCCAGUCAGAUCUUACUCUGGGUGAGACUGCUUGAGACCACGGUUGGUGUCUACAGAUAAAGAGAGGCGGCUGUACGGGUGCCAAAGUACUCUGACUUGCCGGAAUUAGACUUCGGGGUGUGCCUUUUGCUGCUGCACAUUUCACACAACUUCCUCCUCUUCCAGCAUCUGUUUGUUGCCGUUUUCAAAAUCCCUUUCACUUCAGGAAGCAGCAACCUCCAAGCAGAACACUUGCACGCUGAAAGUCUGGAAGGUGCAGCAUUUUAAUGACAGCCAGAUCAUUCUCCAGCAGUGACACAGUGCUACGGAGGUAGGCCAGGAUAUGUGGGAUUCAUUUAUUAGAAAUAUAGCAAGACAAUAAUUAUUUAAUAAGGGAUGCAAUAAUUGACCAGCAGCACUUUUCAUAGGCAGCAAAACACAGUUGUAAAAUAAAGACUCGGGCAACAAAAUACAGGCACCUGCUAACAAAAUUGUUCUUUUCUUGGUUUAAAUGAGAAGUUCUGUAAUGCUGAAAGCCAACACUGUCGUAGAUGAUCAGGAAAACACAAGAAACCCCAGGGGCAAACCCACUGACAGCAGGAGGCUGGUGGACAGAAGCUAACCCAGAAAUGCAGUUGGAUGUUGGCUCUUUAUUGUGUGUGUGUGUGUGUGAGAGAGAGUGUUUGAGUCAAAGUGUGUGUGUGUGUCAUGUUCUCUCUUUGCCUGCCAUUAUUAGACAAGUUCUAUGAUAAUUAUUAUGAGACUUAAUGAUUUUCACUGUUGUGCUUUUGGUUGUCUUAUCAACAGCAUCUUUGUAUCGUUGCCUUUUUUUUUUCUUGUAUUGCAUGUUUCUAUGUGAUCUGUACUGUACAAAAUGAUUUUGUGAUAUGUGUGAAUCAAUAAAUCAAUAUCUUUGGCUAUUUA